UGUUGUUCCUUUCGACCUUUCCUCAUUGUUCACCAUGAGUGGUCGCUCGGUCGACGUCGACGAAGCCAACCGACAGCUGCUCGAGCUCGACAAAGGCCUCCGCGCGACCGAUCUCGGCGAGCAGUGCGAAGCGAUCGUCGGCGUUGCGCGCGUGCUGGAAAAGUAUCCGCUGCCAGUCAUUGUGAACAGCGCGUUGCUCAAGCUUGCCGACGAGUUUCGAUCAAAAAACAACCUGAUUCGAGGACAUGUUGCCGGAGUGCUGUCGCAAUGCUCUGCGCAGCUCAAUCGCGUCAUCAAUGUGGACGAACUCGUCAUGCGCAUCUUUAUCGUGUCGCACAGCAACGACUCGGUCGCACGUUCGCUCGCACUGACCGCACUGGGUGCGCUUGCACUCAUUGCAAAGGACAAAAAGACAGUGCACAACGCAGUUCUCAACGCCCUGUCUGCAACGGACGAGAUUGAGGUGGAUGCGGCGAUCGGGGCGGCUGCUCGUUUCUGCAGCGUUUCGAGCGAGUUUGCGUCUGCGCUGUGCACGCGGAUUGGGCCAAUGUGCCGUGGACACGACACCCCUCCGCUUGUAAAGUUGCGUCUGCUGCAACUUUUGGCCCUGAUGCAUCACAGCGCACAGCUUUGCAAGGAAGCGCGAGAGACGCUGGUAGAAUUGUUGGUCGUUGCGCCAACUCGACCUUUUACAGCCGCCAUCCUCUCCACGCUGACCAGGCUAGUCCUCGCCUCUCAGGACGGCUUAAGUGAGCAGGUUGGCCUGCUCAUCCAGUUUGUUCAGAUUGAUCCACGCGAUGCGGUUCGAUGUGCCGCGUUGGACGGCCUCGCCCUGCUUGCGCAGCAAAUUCCGUAUGAUGAGGCCAUGUGGGCAUCAGAAGGGUGUCUCGAUGCGCUGACUGAGCUGGUCAGCGACGCCUCCCCGUCAGUGGCGGUGCGUGCCGUCGUUGUGCUGCGCGCGCUUGCUCGACCUCGAUGGCCGCUCUGCGCCGCUUUCCACGCCUUGUUGGCAUCGAGCAAUCCAUCAAAGCAAACAGAAGCGGCGGCCAUGCAAAUGGACACGGACAGCGCGAGCGCACGUGCUGUCGUGAGCACCAGCCCGGACGGCUCCGAUGACUCAAAGCUGGCUGCUCUGGUUGCGCUCCUGUUUCGCAUCGUCGCUCCCGCCAGCCCAGAGCAAUCCCCGCUGGCUCCCCACCCUCCGUUUGAAUUGAUUGUCGUGGUGAUUGAGCUGCUGACCAACAUUCUCGUCUCUGUGCUUCCCGGCGUGUCGGGCCAUUCGCACGAGCAAACGUGGCCGCAAGCAACUCUGCGAGCGCUCUUUCUCCACGUGGCCGCCCGAGUGUCACAGCCCGCUCAAGCGUCCCGAUUGAAGCGAUUACUGAAGUGCAGUGUCGAUUUGUGCACCACCUAUCCGCUCCAGCUUGUUUCGACGUCUCUGCAGCUUGCGCUCUUCCUCGCGCCUCACGCCUCGCCUGCCAAUCUCAGCUUGCUGCUCCAGGCAUGCACUGCCACGCUGAAAGUUCGGCACGCGCGCGCCACGACUGCUCAAAUGCACGCCUUCCUUCGCGACGCACUCGCCAAUGGCAGCGCUGCUGCGCACUUUUAUGGUCUGGCGCGGCUCUUGUUGAUUUCUUCCUCUGCUUGGCAGUUUGACACGUCCUCGGAAGUGCGCUCAGAUAUUACUGCCACCAUCCUGCAACAUCUUCCCGAAGACUCUAGCGCAAACAUGUGGCCAUUCUACGUUCUUGCGAAAGCCGCUCUCCAAAAUGGCCACUUUGAGCUCAGCAGCGCGCUUCUGCCUCGACUUUUAGAACGCACCGCUUCGGAACAUACUGCAUUGUGGAUUUCAGGUUUGCUCGAACUUUCGGCGAGUGAGAGUUUGAUUGCCAACGCCAGCUCGUUGCCCGAUACGGGCAGUUCGCAGACACAGCAACUAUCGCAGGCACUCGCGAGUUUGCGACAAGCGGCUGCCAAAUUCACGGCUGCUUCAUCUCCAAAGUUCUCAUGGUCGCUCCAACUACAACUCUUGCAAUUGCGCAUCACCCAUGUCGAAAUUUUCUCCAGCAUUGCCUCGCUAUUACGACGCACGCAGCUGUGCGUUGAAGCCGAGAAGCUCUCGGCCUCGGUCGCCCACUCUGUUGUCGCGACUCAGACUGCACUCGUCAACCUUGAGAAUGCCUACGAGCGGCUCUGCCGCACGGCGAUUGAUAUGGAUGCACAGUCGUUGAGCAUAAUUUCGACACAGACCGCGUUGUGUGCCAUUCUUCGGCAAGCACUCGGAUCGCUUCAAGCGAGCGGUGGCUGCGAAACAGACAUGGAGACCAACCAGCCGCCGUCGCGAGAUUCGACGGAAGUCUAUUCGAUUGUCGACUCUGCUGUCGCACAACUUCCUGCUGCUACGGACUCAUUGGGCGAGCGUCUCGAAGCAGUCACAGAAAUCUUUCGACGUUACGCACUGGGAGCUCGAGUUCCAAUUCUCCCAGUCUUUUUUGCAAGCCAAAAGCUCACCCGCAUCGAGAUGACCGUGUCGCCGUCACCAUCACCCACCGAAUCCACCGUUACGACCAAACAAUCCGACCUGUUAUUGCGAGUCGAAGGAGUAGUUCAACAGCACGUAUCUGCGCCGCACCAGAUAAGACACUUGGUCGUGACAUUCACGUGUACUUCGAUCGAAGGCGACGGCGAGGCUGCCAUGCCUCUACUCCCAUUCCGCGCGGCAGACGAGCUCGUUACGACACUGCGAAAUGCUCAAGAUCCUCUGAUCUCCAACACCUCGUUUGACAAUCCAAUUGCCCUUCUCAGUGCUCGCACCUCUGUGUUGCGAACUGCUUACGAGGCCACUCCAUCGACGCAGGAUGGCUACUUUGCCGUUACAAUUCCAGUUCGGUACACGCAGCUUGCACGCCUGUCCACCUCAGCAGGCGCACAAUGCACGCGACAUGUGUCGAUCGAUAUCGUCGCACGGGACGCUGAUGACGUGACCUGGGACGUUGGGUUGCGCUCGGCCUUUUUACUGAAAUUUGAGUUGUGAACGAGACCGCGUUUCAACAUUUGCCUGGCUAAACAUCUCAGAUACUUGUACAAUAAUAC